GUGUAAAGUGUAAACAUGUCAUAAUGAUGCUUCGUGUUUUGUAUAUAUGGCGCAUUAAGUUUACUGAUUGUAAGAGUUGUAGCUCUGCAAUAGUUUUAAAAAACAUGAAGUAAUUUAUACAACAAAUGGCCGCUGUUUGGCAGCAAGUACUUGCUUUGGAUGCUCGUUAUAAUACGUAUAGGACUCCAAAUAAUCCUCAAUUUAGAACAUUGUACAUUAGAAGGAGAAGCCAACUACUACGUGAAAACGCCAAACAAGAGCAACAAAGUCCAACUGCACGUAAACAGUACUUACGUAUUCGGAAUCAACUGCUUGCUCAGCGCUAUGGAGUAUCUCUUGACCAAACGAGCCUUCGUAGUCGAAGUAUGGGGGCCCGGAGCAAUAGUAGAGUUACUCUAGAAACUAGUGAUUCAUUUGAGAACCGUAUAGCUUUAGCAGAAGGCAGACGAGUAUUAAGGCGCACCAGUAUGGCUACAGGUGAAGGUGUUGUGCCAACACACUUGGCAGAUGCUAGUAGAGCUUUGGUUGGAGGCACAUCAAUAUCUGAAAACUAUGCAUUCACCGGUGUUCACCACAUAUUUGAUCAACAUAAAGAUGCUGUGACAGCUGUGAGGUUUGCGAACAAUGAUAAAAGCUUAUUGGCUUGUUGCUCACUGGAUGGCAAACUUUCUAUUUGUCAACUUACACCACCACCUGCAAGUGUACUGUACAUUCUGAGUGGUCACAAAGCUGGAAUUACUGCCUUUGAAUGGUCCAUUUCAAAUGAUUUAAUACUUUCCUGUUCUCUGGAUGCCACUGUGAGACUUUGGGAUACUGCUCUUGGUAUUUGCAUUCGUAUUGUCGAAGAUCCAUUUUCUGCCUCUGUACAGUGUUGUGCUUUUCAACCAUUCAAUAAUAAUAUGGUUGUGAUUGGGAAUAACAAAGGAAUGGUCCAGGUGCUGAAUGUAUCCACUGGAAUUUAUUUAAAGGGCGGUAGUAGCAAAACCAGUGGCAGUAUAUUAUCCAUUGUAUUUGAUUCUUCUGGGAAGCUACUGUGGGUUGGAGAUGAUAAGGGGUAUAUUGUUUCAUAUUUGUUUGAUUUGCAUACUGGCAGAUUGACCAAAGGGAAAAAGAUCCUAGUUGCUGAAAAUUGUGCAAUCACAUGUCUUUCAGCCCGGAAUUGGGCAAGUAGAGAAGCCAGAGACCCUUCAUUGUUAGCUAAUUGUGCCAAUGACUCAGUUUUGUUAUUCAGCAUAGUAAGAAAAGACGGAAGCUUGGAAUUAAAACGUAAAUUUUCCAUAAAACAUCGAUCUCAGUUGGCCAUGAUCAGGAGUUCAUUCUGUCCAAUUAUGUCUUUUCGUCAAGGAGCUUGUAUGGUGACUGGAAGUGAAGAUACUUGUGUUUACUUUUUCGACUUGGAACGCGAAAAGAAGCCUUGUGUUAAUAAACUGCAAGGUCACUCUGCAACGGUUAUUGAUGUUUGCUUCAAUUAUGAUGAAAGUUUGCUAGCUUCAAGUGAUGCUCGUGGAAUGGUUAUAAUUUGGAAACGAGAGCAAAGACAGUAGCUGAUCUCUAACGUUCGAUGAAAUCUCAAAUACAUUCCAUGUAUAGUGUUUUUUUUUUUGUAUUGUGAUACUGGAUUUUAUAAAUAUUUCCUAAAAAAUAAAAGU